GAUUGAAUGAACUUCAUGAUCAGUCUGACGGAUCCGUACGCUUACGCUUUCCACAAUACCUCCCAAGAUUACCCAUUGGGAAAGAGAUCGUGGUACUUUGUCAACGAGUCCUGUCUCCAUAAUCGCUUUCAAAUUCGCCGCCUUAAACUUACCACGUGUGAAGCAGAAUCUCAGUUCACUUGCGACGAUGGCACGUGCAUCAGCAUCAUGGGACGGUGCGAUCAGAAACGGGAUUGUGACGAUUUCUCGGACGAGUUCGAUUGUAAGUUGGUCUCAUUGAACCAGUUCCACUACAUCAAGGACUACCCGCCCCAAGAGCGAGGGGGCAGACGGACUGAGGUGACAUAUCACGUGGAAAUUCUCUCUCUGGAUGACAUCCGCGAAUUGGGAAUGAGUCUGAACGUUCAGUUUCGGCUAAACCUGAGCUGGCUGGAUCCUCGGAUCAUCUAUCAUAACUUGAAGGAUGAUCCUGUCAUGAAUUCUUUGACUCAAGGUGAAAAGGAAAAAAUUUGGAUUCCGAAAAUCAUUUUCAACAAUACAGAUGACGAAAACGAGUCCAUUUUGGAUGCCAAAGCGUCUCUUUCGGUCAUCAAGCAGGGCAACUAUACGCUUAGUUCCAUCAAAGAGGAGGGCACAGACGAAAAGUACAUUUUCUCGGGCUCGGAAAACCCAUUGGUUUACUCACGUCAUCACAACAUCCAAUUCCAAUGCAACUUCGACAUGACUUACUACCCGUUUGAUGUCCAAAUGUGCUACAUGAUCUUUCGGAGGAUACCCCACGGUAGAUUCGCAUUAAACCCGUCGCAGGUCCGGUCUUUGACCUAUUUAGGCGAGCGAGAGCUUCUUCAAUACUUUAUCGACGACUGGAAUAUCCUCACGGAAUCGGCUUCGGGUUUUGUGAUUGUCAUCCGGAUGAAACGACGAUAUCUGUAUCAGCUUUUAACCACCUAUUUGCCAUCGCUCUGUUUAUUCUUCAUCAUUCAUGCCACGCAGUACUUCAAGAUAUCAUACUUUCACACCAGGAUUAUGGUCUCACUUACAGGAAUGCUGGUGAUGACCACUCUGUUCCUGAAUACUUCCUCCACUCUACCCAAAACCUCUUACUUUAAAAUGAUUGACAUUUGGAUGGUCUUCGGUCUAUUGCUUCCAUUUCUUGAAGUGGUCCUUCACACUGUUACCGAAUACAGACGCCGAGAUCCGAGGUAUCGACCCCCUUUCGAAGAGAUUAGAGCCCCCUCGUGCACUCCAAUUGAGAUUAACCCUGGCCACGCAAAAUGCAAAAACAAUGCCAGGAUGAUGGGCAGGCCAGGCCCUGGCCACUUGGAUUUCGGAUCCAAAUAUCCAUCAACCACGUGCUGUAGAGACUUGCAAAAUGGGCGCCACGAAUGGAUGGGCGGAGGCCUGAAUACAGACGAGUCUCUCAUCUUGCCGUUGCCCCCGCCCUCACCGACCUCGAGCCACUCUAAUCUUGACGAUAAAUCCGCCGGAGACGAGGCUUUUGGAAUCAUUGUCCAGAGCUCUCCACCCAACACACAAAUCGUGCGGACCUGUUCCCUGAGAUCUCAAGAGAGGAGAAGAAAAAGGAGAGAUGCGAGUGGCUCGAGAUCCUCGAAUAUCGAGAUGCAUGGAUCUCGUUCAUCGCAUCAGUUGGACGGAGAUACUACGGGAUGCACUCGACAUGUGGGUCCCACCAUCAAGGUGGAGGAUGCUAUGGUGGAGGCCGAGGAUCGAGACCAGAGGUGCCCCUUAAUGAGACCAAUUAGUGGCGAUAAUCUGCAAGUCAAGAGCCCAGACCGCCAUUCACCAAUAUCGGAUUGCAAGCUCAGCGGACAAGGCCAAAGGUUGCCGUCACCCUCAACGCAGAAGGCGCUCUUCCCAUCCACACCUACCCCUAGUUCGUCGCGUGUGUCUGGUUUGGAAACUAGUCCACGUCUUGAAGAAAGUCAAUCUCCGGAAAUCCCAUCCAAUCCGCAGAUCCUGUUCAGUCAAGGCCAAUCCUUCACAUGUGGCCCAGAUCUGGGUUAUCAACAUCACCCUCGUCAUCAUCCUCAUCGUCAUCAUCACUCAAGUGUUCUCUCCGAAGCAAACGAGGGUGGUGAUGGCAAGAAACAAGGCCAAGACCAAUCCACGAGACUUGCCCGAGGGAAGGAAACCUCCGCUUGGCUUCUCAAGAACAACAGAUAUUGGAAAUGGAUUUAUUCUUGCUGUGUUCGACCAGAAUUGACAAAUGAACAACAAACGAACAAGGAUCAAGACCAACAACAACAGCAGCAACAGCAACGACAGAAACAUCAAUUUGUCCGCCAGCAUUCACGGCGGCCUGGUCAUCAUUGUUGUUGCUGUCAGAGAGGGUCCAAUCCACAGGUGAGGACACUCAAUGUGGAAGAUUGUCAGUACGAUGAGAACGCCCAGAGUGGAUUGCUUACCCCUGCCUUACCUUGGGAUAUCCCAGAUGAGUCGGAGAAACCUCUCUCACGCUCACCCGAUCUCGUGACAGCCGAUCUGAGUCGAACCAUUGUUCCAUUGCUAAUUUUUCUUUUCAAUGUUAUUUAUUGGACCGUCGCGUUCUUGCAUAAUUGAAGGCCCGUGUGUACCUCGUCGACUACAAGUACUCGUACAUACUCGUGCUACAACAUAUAUACAUACGUGUACGUACAACACUACCCGGUGUAUGUGGUACUAUGUUGUUUAAUGCUUGGACGAUUAUGCAUGAAUGUACUAUUAUUCAGUGUUGCAUAGUUCGUAUGAAUAAAGGAUAUUAGUCUAGA